UUCGUCCGUUUAAAGCAGUCUAUCGGCGGACGCCAUACUCGACGUGUGUUGAACUUCGGCUUUGUGGCCGAAGGCCACCGAUCCUUCUUUUAUUUUAUUUCCCUUUAUUUUCUUCUACUAAUCGAAGAAUUUACGAAUAUUUUACAAGACAACGAACAUCCUCAACAGGGAAUGGUUUAUUGAUAUCGAUAGACCAUCUUGAAAAUCAUUUGGAAAAAUCAUCUGAAGGAAAUAUGACAUCUUCCGAGAGAUUUCACAAGGCCGCACGAGACGGCGCGUUGGAAAUUUUGAAGGAAGCAACGAAGAAGGACUGCAACAUGCGAGACGAAGGUGGAAUGACCCCAACGUUAUGGGCAGCCUUCGAAGGUCACAUAGAUGCCCUGAGACUGCUCGUCGCCAGAGGGGGUGACCCGGACAAGAGUGAUUAUUUCGGUAAUACAGCCCUUCACCUAGCGUCAGCAAGGGGUCAUGAAUAUUGCGUCAAGUUUCUCGUCAAAUUUGGUUGUAACAUCUGGUCACUCGACAUAGACAGACAUUCUGCAAGAGAGUUAGCUGCGAUCAAUGGCAGAGAAAGGAUAUUACAAUUCUUGGAUUUAGCUCAAUCCGAUCAGGAACUGAACAAUCGGAAAAAGAGUCGACUCUUAAGGGAAAAGGCCGAGAAGGAUGCUGACAAAAGGUUGAAGGAAUAUAUGAAGAAACAAAAGAUGGCCGAGGUAAAAGCAGAAAAGGUACAAAAGAAAUUGAUGAAGGAUCGAUCAAAAUCCGAUUUGGACACUCUACACGAGACUAAUAAUUUAGCUCUUAGGCCUACGAUAAUGACUUUCAAAGGUCGAAUCAAACCAUCUCCAACGUUUAGCGAUAUCGUUGGUACUACUACGAAAAAACAUGGUAGUGCAGUUUGCAGAAAGGCUUUGGCAAAGAAAGCUGUCGAUGAUUUCAAGAUAGUUGAAAUCGAAGUAGACGGUAGAAAAUCUGUACGUAGUCUGACUGGUCUCCGAAGGGAUUCCGAAGUGAUGUACGUGGGAACUUAUGAAUCUCAGGCUCAGCAGAUCGGACGAAGAGGAAAGAUCGCAGAUGUUUGGGGUACUCUAAGUAAGGCACAGAGUACACCGGAUCUUUUAGGUGACCGUUCGUGUGACGAGGAUGAAGAAGAGGAGGGACAAGAUGAAGAACGAUAUAAUAAGACGGUCAGAGAUACCGGAUUGCUCCGAGAACAAGGCAGUAUCUUCGAUCGACCUGGUUUUGGAUCGGUAGCAUUCAGAAGACCGAUGACAGCAACGCUCGACAAUUUGCCGGUCACGCAAACGGACAUUCAUCUGCAAAAUGGUAAUACGUGCGUGAAUGGUUCGAUAAAUGGAUCUACAAACGGUCACAGAAUUAGUGCAAAUGGUCAAAACGAGGAGAUUAGUAUAGGAAGUGCGGGUAGUUUAGCACGUAGGCAAAGUAUGUGGGAUGACGAUUUGCUUUCGGAGGAAGACGAAACGGACGAGGAAUGGACACCCUUGCAAAGAUUUUUAGUUGCUAAUAAUCUCUCGUCAAUACACACGAUUCUAGAAGCCGAACAAAUCGAUUUAGAAGCGUUGAUGUUACUCACCGAAGCAGACAUCGCAGCCCUCAAACUUCCGCUUGGACCUAGGAGAAAGCUUACUAAUGCUAUAGCUAACCGGAAAAAGGCAUUUGACGCAUCAGAGAAUGUCAUCAAGGACAGCAUAUUGUGAAGAUCAUACUUGUUUGUGAAGAAUUUAAUCUUAUACUCGUAUUCUUCAUUGAAAGAAAAUAAUGUCUUUUCGUUCUUUGAUCGAUUACCCAUGUAAAUUUCCAAAUAUGAAAGCAAGCAAUGAAGAUGAACGAAUAUGAACAUUUAAUCGAGAUGUGCCUUAAAUGGAGCCAGUGAAAAAUCGAAUUUCACGGUUUCCUUAUAAUCUAUGAACUAUAAUAUUAUUGUAUAUAUAAAUAUACAUAUAUAUAUAUAUUUAUAUAU